AGUCCAAUUUCUCUUGUGCAGCAAUGGCGUCCGAGACCAAGCCGACGUCGGCGUCCUUCACGACGGUGGUCGCACCCUUCUUGGCGUCGCUCUACGAGAUCCUCUCCAAGGAGGACGCGAGCAUCGUGGGCUGGUGCGACGACGGCAAGUCGUUCAUCGUGCACGACUACGACGCGAUGGAGCGCGACAUCCUGCCCACGUACUUUCGCCACAACAAGUUUGCGAGCUUCCAGCGCCAGCUCAACUACUUUGGCUUCCGCAAACUCCACAAGGCCAAGGAGAACGACACGAGCAGCACGUACUCGCAGCCGUUCUUUAUCAAGAGCGACCCGUCGCGCAUGCUCCAAAUCAAGCGCAAGACACAGCGACUCAAGACACCGACCGCCUCGUCGACCCCAUCCUCCGGGCGCCGGCCCUCGAGUGCGUCGACGCCUUCGUCCAGCGACUUUAGCUUUUACAAUCCCGAGAUGCCGGCGUUCACGCGCAGCAAGAGCAUGUCCGACCCGAUGCUGUACCACAUGAACUACGCGCCGUCGCUCUCCCGAAGCUCGAGCAACCCGACGCCGUUCGACACCACCGGCUACGACAACCGCCCGCACUUGGACUUUGACCCGCUCGCGCUCGAAAGCAGUCCAUUCCUGAGCGUCCACGACCACAACAGCUACGACCUGCGACCGACGCUCGAUCUGUACCCGCCCCAAUACACACCGCACCACCAGACAUACCACCCCCAUCCGCAGCAGCAGCAGUCGACGCCAAUGCACAUGUCGAUGGGCGUCGACACGCGCAUGGCCAUGGAGAUGGCGAGCAUGAAGAUGGCGUCGUGGGCAGAUGUCCGUCUCGAGCCGCCAACGACGAUGAGUGACGCGAGUAGCGACAUCCAGCCGAUCCCGUUUCAGUGCACGAGCGGCAACGACAGCGUUGAUUUCUCGUCCGAGGAGCUACAGAUGCUCUGCGACGCACCGCUCUGCUCCUAAUCGCUGCAGCGGUCCUGUAUCUAUACAACAGCUAGGAUUCUUCUUCAACUACAACUAUUCAAUGUAAACGCGUGCCAACCAG